AUGGAAUUUCUUACCUGGGUUUUUCCUGCCUUGAUUCUACUGUGCAUCCAACAGCACAGGUGUAUCAGAGCUAUGAGCGACAUUGGAGAUUACGUAGGUUCCAACAUUGAAAUCUCCUGGUUGCCCAACCUGGAUGAUUUGAUGAAAGGGUAUGCACGAAAUUUCAGACCUGGAAUUGGAGGUCCUCCCGUUAACGUUGCUCUGGCAAUUGAAGUAGCCAGCAUUGACCACAUCUCAGAAGUGAACAUGGAAUACACCAUGACAGUAUUUUUGCACCAGAGCUGGCGAGACGAUCGUCUGUCUUACAACCACACCAACGAAACUCUGGGCUUGGACAGCAGGUUUGUGGACAAGCUCUGGUUGCCAGAUACUUUCAUAGUCAAUGCAAAGUCUGCCUGGUUCCAUGAUGUGACUGUGGAAAACAAACUUAUCAGGCUCCAGCCAGAUGGAGUCAUUUUAUACAGCAUCAGGAUUACCUCAACAGUGGCCUGUGACAUGGACCUUUCCAAGUAUCCAAUGGAUGAGCAGGAAUGCAUGCUGGAUUUGGAGAGCUAUGGCUACUCUUCAGAGGACAUUGUCUACCACUGGUCAGAAAACCAGGAGGAGAUCCAUGGGCUGGAUAAGCUGCAGCUUGCUCAAUUCACAAUUACCAAUUACCAGUUCACAACAGAAAUUAUGAACUUCAAAUCUGCAGGUCAGUUUCCCAGGCUCAGUCUCCACUUCCACCUUCGACGAAAUCGAGGAGUUUACAUCAUCCAGUCUUAUGUCCCUUCCAUCCUACUGGUGGCCAUGUCGUGGGUGUCCUUCUGGAUCAGCCAGUCAGCUGUGCCUGCCAGGGUGUCACUAGGUAUCACCACUGUUCUUACCAUGACCACAUUGAUGGUCAGUGCCCGAUCCUCACUCCCACGAGCCUCUGCCAUCAAGGCACUGGAUGUUUACUUCUGGAUCUGCUAUGUGUUUGUCUUUGCUGCACUGGUGGAAUAUGCCUUUGCACAUUUCAAUGCUGACUACAUGAAAAAGCAGAAGAACAAGAUCAAGGCGAGAAGGCAGAGUGCAGAGAUCAACGUGAAGAAUGCCAUUGUUCUGUUUUCCCUCUCCAUAGCUGGUGUGAACCAGGAACUGGCUGUUUCCAACAGGCAGCACCGAAUUCCCAGAAGUCUGCCUGGAUCAUAUGGCACAAUAGAAAUAGAAACUGGGGAGACAAAACAGCAGCAGGGAAUGAAACUGGACAAAAAGACUGGCCUGAAGGCCCUCUUUAAGCCCAUUGAUGCUGACACCAUUGACAUUUAUGCCAGAGCUGUGUUCCCAGCAGCCUUUGCAGCAGUCAAUGUUAUAUAUUGGGUUGCAUACACGAUGUAA